AUGAGGUCUUCUGAAGAUGCACCGGUAGACUCUAUGGGAUGUGAGAAAGCUGGCAGUUCUCUCCCACCUAAGGAAAGAAGAUUUGCUGUCUUGGUAUCUUCUCUUCUGUCAAGCCAAACCAAAGAUAAUGUAACUCAUGGAGCAAUUCAGCGUCUCCUUCAUAAUGGUCUGCUAACUGCAGAUACUAUUGACAAAGCUGAUGAAGCCACCCUCAAGGGCUUGAUUUACCCGGUUGGGUUUUACCCUAGAAAAGCUAGCAACUUGAAGAAGAUUGCAAAAAUUUGUCUCUUGAAGUAUGAUGGUGAUAUACCCAGUACACUUGAAGAAUUACUUCUGCUUCCAGGGAUUGGUCCAAAGAUGGCUCAUCUGGUUAUGAAUGUAGGAUGGGACAAUGUUCAAGGGAUAUGUGUAGACACUCAUGUUCACCGUAUAUGCAAUCGGCUUGGAUGGGUGUCGCGACCUGGCACAACACAGAAAACUUCAUCUCCUGAGGAGACGAGAAGGUCCUUGCAGUUAUGGCUUCCGAAGGAAGAAUGGGUUCCAAUUAACCCUCUUUUGGUGGGAUUUGGACAGACAAUAUGUACUCCUCUCAGACCUCGGUGUGGCAUGUGCAGCGUGAGUGGUUUCUGCCCAUCUGCAUUUAAGGAGACCUCAAGCCCAUCAUCCACGCCCAAUAAGUCUGGUCUGAAGAAGAAGUUCAGAUGAAACUGCUUCUGGGGGAAUGCAGUUCUUCAGUUGUCCUCCCCAAUAUGUAUCCUUUUGCUAUUGAAGACCAAGGGAAAACAGAACUUUAGGCUUUGAGGUUAUAUUCUAUGCUCAACUCUCUUGUGUAGCUGUAAAGCUGUUUUUUUGGGGUUUAGAAGAAAUGGAAUUGCAUUGGAAGCAAAUGAUUAUUUGGGAGGCUUCUACUUGGCAAAAUCUGUUGAUACUGUGUUGUUAUUUUGUGCUACAUUCUACGAAAAGUAUCUUUGAUGUUUAAUAGUUCGGUCUAGUUGCGUUAGCAUAUGUACUGUGAACAUGUUAUGAAGUUUCAGCAUUUCUUUUGUCCUUUCUAAUCCCCGUACAUUAUGGAUCGACCACUUGAACUAGUGGCUUGUAAGUCUACCUCCAGAUUUUCAAAGUCCAGUUGAUUUGCAUAGAAGGUAUGUAAGUAAGGCAACUUAUUAUUGUAAUUUGG